UCCAUCCCAUCCCGUUUCUAACAGUGUACCGAAGUGUCACAAGUGGGAGCGUGUUUUGGUGCUUCUCUUUUAAAUGAAUCUGCUGAAAACCUUCAAUAAAACCCAAAUAAAAGUGGAAGAAGACGACUCUGAUGACCACACAUCGCAGGACGAGAUGGCGUAUGAUCAGGAAAAUGACUUGGGCGCUAUUGAAAACAUUGACUUGAUAUCCGGAGCCCCAUUCUUUGAGUACAACCGCGAGGAGACCAGCGUCGAUGACACUGACGAUAUUAUCAUCCUCCACAUGGACAUCCGGGAGCCGCUGAACAAGCUGCGAUCGCUGCUGGAGGAGAGACUGGGUCAGAAUCUCAAAUACUUUCAGUUUUGGCUGCAGGAUGCACAAAUGCUGGAGGGACACAAAAACCUCGUUGAUCAGUGUGUUCAGGGUGAGGGAUUGGUUCAGAUCAACGUGCAGGUGCUGACAACAUCCAACAAAAUCAACAUAAUUGACGUCCUGAAGCCCACAGAUGAUGUCCUUGGUAAGGAGAAUGAUGAUUCUCUAGCAAAUCCCGGGGUGAGUGAUGGGUUCCUUUCGCUUCCAGAAAGUUCAAAGGGCAGCACAAAGUCCUCCCAGAAUUUCGAGAAUGUGGAAGAUUUCAGUGACAAUGAGAAUGAGGAUAGUAUUCCGGUGGCUCAGAAGAAAUUUGGGGAUCAGUGGGCGAUAGACAAUCAGUUUAAGCGGGAUCAGGCACGUCUGCAAAUCCCUGAUAAUCCCAGGGAUUGGACAACAGCCCAGGUACGUCACUGGCUACAGUGGGCAGUCCGACAGUUCAAUCUGACUCAGAUAAAGCUGUCUGACUGGUGCAUCAGUGGCAAGGAGCUCUGUAGUAUCUCCCUGCCGGAAUUCAAGAAGAAAGUCCCCAAUGAUCCUGGGGAUCUCUUCUGGACUCACCUUGAACUACUGCGAAAGUGCAAAUUUGUGGCUGUGCUGCAGAAAUCUCCAGCAGAGGCUGCCAAGGAGGGGGCCCUGCCCACAGAAAGUGCCAACAAAGGCAAGGGAACAUCCCCUGUCAAGACUACCAAUCGCCUGUCCAUGGACAACAUCCGGAUGGAGCCGAUUUUCUGUGGCAAUCGCAGCGGGAACAAUGGACAGAUUCAGCUGUGGCAGUUCCUGCUGGAAAUCCUCACGGACAUUGAGCAUCGGAGGAUAAUUCAGUGGGUGGGCGGAAAUGGGGAAUUCAAGCUGAGUGAUCCGGAGAGGGUGGCUCAGCUCUGGGGGGAACGCAAAAAUAAGCCAACCAUGAACUAUGAAAAACUGUCCAGGGCCCUGAGGUACUACUACGACGGCGAUAUGAUCUCCAAGGUGCACGGCAGGAGAUUUGUGUACAAAUUCGUGUGCGAUCUCAAGCAAUUGAUCGGCUACGAUGCUAAAGAUCUUGCCCGAUUGGUCAUGGAAUGCGACAUGGAGGCUGAAUCCAGGGAUAAAUCAUCAGAAUGGGAUUUUUCAGCAACAAUCUGAGGAGACUGGUAGGACAGAUUUCUUUUAAUUUGGAUUAUAAAUCGGAAUUUGAGGUUAGUUUUCGUCUAACCUCAAAUUCCGUUAAUUACUUUCUGAAUGAAAAAAAUAUAUUUACUGUAUAAAAAAGUUUUACUGUUUUACAUACUUUGAAUCC